UUCGUAAACACGAAACAAAAAACUGAUUCUUUCAAAAAUCGAAACCGGCAGUGACGUGUACGGUGACGACGGCAGUGAGAACGCAAAAGAGAUUCCGGUAAUGCGGCGCCGCCGGAGGAAAAGUGGCGCGUGAGAGAAACGAUGGGAAGCACGAUUUGUCGAGUAACUUGCAUGGUUAACAAACUCUCUUCAAUGUCAGAAUUGAAACAACUCCAAGCAAUUAUCACCAAAUCAGGUCUUCAAUCUCAUAUAGAUUUCACUACGAAGUUAAUUUUCUUUUCCGCACUUUCUCCGAUGGGUAACCUCUCUCAUGCUUAUUCUCUUUUUCAACAGUCUUCUUCUAUUGUUAAGCACGAUGCUUUUAUUUCCAACACUAUGAUUCGUGCUUUUUCCAGAAGCUGUUUCCCUCUUCAAGCUUUGUAUAUUUAUAACCAAAUGCAAGUUACUGAUUGUUUCACUUAUAAUUUUGUGAUCAAAGCUUGUUCUAGAGCUUAUAAGUUUAUGCAAGAAAGUGGCAGUGGUGCUUGUGAUGAUGAUGUGCUUGUUGUUGUUUAUAGUAAAGGAACUGAGAUUCAUUGUAGAGUUAUCAAAAUAGGGUUUGAAAAUGACACUUGUGUUCAAAACUCUUUGCUUAAUUUGUAUGCUCAAUGUGGGUUGGUCUCGGUUGCACGCCGCAUGUUUGAUCAAAUUAAGGAUGAUACUAGUUUGGUUUCUUGGAAUAUCAUGAUAUCGGCGUAUAAUCGAAUUAAUGAUUUUGAAUCUGGAGAUAAGCUUCUUGAGUUGAUGCCGUGUAAGAAUGUUGUUUCGUGGAACACCUUGAUUGGAAGAUAUGUUAGGUUAGGUAAUGUUGAGGCUGCGAGGAGAGUGUUUGAUUGUAUGCCUGAGAGGGAUGCGGUAUCGUGGAAUUCUAUGAUUGCUGGUUGUGUUUCUGUUAGAGAUUAUGCGGGAGCGUUGGUUCUCUUUUCUGAGAUGCAAAAUGAUGGAAUAAAACCAACAGAAGUGACACUAAUAUCGAUCCUAGGUGCCUGUGCUGAAACUGGUUCACUGGAGAUAGGUCACAAAAUACACGAAUAUCUCGAAGCGUGCGAGCAUAAGAUUGAAGGCUAUUUAGGUAAUGCCCUUCUGAAUAUGUAUUGUAAAUGUGGGAAUUUGAGCUUGGCUUGGGAAGUAUUUAAUGGAAUGAAGAUGAAAACUGUGAGUUGUUGGAAUGCUAUGAUUAUUGGUUUGGCUGUCCAUGGUUAUUCGGAGGAGGUUUUCCAUUUGUUUUCAGAGAUGGAAGAGAGUCCUGAUAGUAGUAUUAGGCCGAAUGGGUUGACAUUUAUCGGUGUUUUGGUUGCUUGUAGUCAUAAGGGGUUGGUUGAUAAAGCAAGAUGGUAUUAUGAUCAUAUGGUAAAGAAGUACGGAAUUCUGCCCAAUAUUAAGCAUUAUGGUUGCAUGAUUGAUCUUUUAAGUAGAUGGGGUUUGUUGGAAGAGGCUUAUCAGAUGAUUAAGAAUGCCCCUUUCCAAAAUAGUGCAGUGUUAUGGAAUACAUUGCUGGGUGCUUGUAGGACACAAGGUAACAUGGCGUUGGCUGAGAUAUCCUUCCUACAACUUGCCAAACUGAAGAAACUAACAGAUGGGGCUUACAUGUUGUUAUCUAACAUGUAUGCUGAAGCUGGAAGAUGGGAUGAGGUUGAGAGAUUGAGGAGUGAAAUGGAUUACUUGCAUGUUCCUACGCAAGCUGGCUACAGCCAAAUCAAUAUGAAUGUCCAAUAGGCUUCCCUGAACAAACUAUUGGUCUUUGCUGAGUUAUGUUAGACAUUUUUUUAGUCAGCCAUGUGCCCUUCUAUGAAAUGAAUAUUCUUUGAUUAUGCUAAAGAAUUCAUUGGCAUGAAAGCUCUGGAUGAAGCUGAGAAUCUUAAGUUCAGUUCCACCAUCAUCUAGGAGGUGUCAAGGAAGGCCCAAAAGAUGAAGAAAAGUAUGGCACUGAGACACCAAUGAGUACUACUAAGCUGAGAAGGUCAUAUCCUGAAAUCACUUGUUCAAGAUGUGGUGGUAUCAAGGCACAACAUCAAAGGGUGUGGCAAUGAGGGGUAGCAAUAAGGCCAAAAAUAUGGAAACUGCCUGCUCAACCGCAGACUGAAAUUGAUUUGUCAGUCUCAACCACAUGCUGGUCACCAUCCUAGCCGGUGAACCCCAGGCGGAACCUCGUCCUCAGGAACAUUUCCUUUUGGAUUUGGGCUAGGAACAUAUUAUGGACAAGCAACAAGGUUUGUCCACCACAUAUUUGAGGAAACAAAAACACUUCUAAAUUUGAUACAAGUGCCAUACAUUAGUGGGACAUCAAGAUCCAUGAAUUUCAUUUCAACAACAAUGCUUCCACCUUGAGGUUCACAUCAAUACUGAUGAAGAAAGAUGAAUGAAGACUAAUUAUUGAUGUUUGAAGACUUUUUUUGUGAUUAUAUUAUGUUAAGUUCAUAUUAGUUAUUGUGUGUAAACCUUUGGUUUUGGUGUCAACUAAACUAUUAAGUCACUGCGAUUUAAAUUUCAAGACAUGUUAAGAUAUUGGUGUAAUUGAAUGCCUCCAUUUAACUAAUGCUACCUUUUAAAUUUCAAGA